UUUCUGCUGGAAGCACAACAGAGGCCGGUGCGCGUUACCAAGGCUUUGACCCGGCUCGUAACAAGCCCGGCCGGGCGUCGUAGGCUCGAAGACCACGGUGGGAGCCAGGCGGGUGCCCACCCCCUCCACCGGCCGGAGGAGGGAAGUGACCCGGCCCGGCGCGCCCCCUCCUCCGCUCCGGGACCGCCCAGAGGCCGGGAACACCUCCCAGGGCCCGCGAACUUGACCUCGGGGGGCUGGACCGCGCCGGCCGCACUCCCCGCGGUCUCGGCCCCGAUGCACAGCGGCCCCGCGGGCGCGAUGCUGGCGCCUUGGUUGCUGAGCGCCGGGCUGAAGCUGCUGCUCUGGGGCGGGCUGUGCGCCGUCUCCCUGGCAGGCGCCACCCUCACCCUGAACCUCCUGCAGAUGGUGGCGAGCUUCGCGCGGAAAUGGCAUCAGAUGCGUCCUGUCCCGACCGUUGGGGACCCCUACCCCGUGGUGGGACACGCGCUGAUGUUGAAGCCGGACUCAAGAGAUUUUUUUCAGCAGAUCAUUGAUUACACUGAAGAAUACCGACAUCUGCCACUGCUGAAACUCUGGCUCGGGCCCGUACCUCUCGUGGUCCUUUAUAACGCAGAAAAUGUGGAAGUAAUUUUAAACAGUUCAAAGCACAUUGAAAAAUCCUAUAUGUACAAGUUCUUAGAACCAUGGCUUGGACUAGGACUUCUUACAAGUACUGGAAACAAAUGGCGCUCUAGGAGAAAAAUGUUAACACCCACUUUCCAUUUUACAAUUCUGGAGGAUUUCUUAGAUGUCAUGAAUGAACAAGCAAAUAUAUUGGUUACUAAGCUUGAAAAGCAUGUUAACCAAGAAGCGUUUAACUGCUUUUUUUACGUCACUCUUUGUACCUUAGAUAUAAUCUGUGAAACAGCUAUGGGAAAGAGCAUUGGUGCUCAAAGCAAUAAUGAUUCUGAGUAUGUUCGAGCCGUUUAUAGGAUGAGUGAUUCGAUACAUCAAAGAAUGAAGACGCCCUGGCUCUGGCUUGACCUUGUGUUCUAUAUGUUUAAAGAUGGACGGGAACACAGAAGGAGCCUAAAGAUUGUACAUGAUUUUACCAACAAUGUCAUCACUGAACGGGUCAAUGAAAUGAAGAGACAUGAAGAAGGUACAAGUAACGACAAGGAGAAGGACUUUCCUCCACACAAAACUAAAUGCAGGGCUUUUCUUGACUUGCUUUUAAACGUGACUGAUGACCAAGGGAACAAGCUGAGUCACGAAGAUAUUCGAGAAGAAGUCGACACCUUUAUGUUUGAGGGCCACGAUACAACUGCAUCUGCAAUAAACUGGUCCUUAUAUCUAUUGGGUUCAUAUCCAGAAGUCCAGCAAAAAGUGGACAGUGAACUGGAAGAAGUGUUUGGGAAGUCUGACCGUCCUGUUACCCUAGAAGACCUGAAGAAACUUAAAUAUCUGGAAUGUGUUAUCAAGGAGAGCCUUCGCCUUUUCCCGCCUGUUCCUUUCUUUGCCCGUAAUCUUACCCAAGACUGUGAAGUUGUGGGUUACAAAAUCGUGCAAGGCUCUCAAGUAAUCAUCCUGCCCUAUGCACUGCAUAGAGAUCCAAAGUACUUCCCGGAUCCUGAGGAAUUCAAGCCAGAACGGUUCUUUCCUGAGAAUUCGAAAGGACGCCAUACAUACGCAUAUGUGCCCUUCUCUGCGGGCCCCCGAAACUGUAUAGGUCAAAAGUUUGCCAUAAUGGAAGAAAAGACCAUUCUUUCCUGCAUCCUGAGGCACUUUUGGGUAGAAUCCAAUCAAAAAAGAGAAGAACUUGGUCUGGCAGGAGAGCUAAUUCUUCGUCCAAGUAACGGCAUCUGGAUCAAGUUGAAGAGGAGAAACACAGAUGAAUCCUAACUGUUUUACUGGGUUAUGCUCUUAUCAUAAAAAGGUCUUUCUUUAAAGGGAACUUUUCAUGUACAAUUUGUAGAUCAUGGAUUCAGUAUUCUUAAUCCCUCAAUUUAAUUUUUUUCUUGUCCCACUUAGCUUAGGGUCAAGUCUACCAAAGCAAGAGUUUCCAUAUCUUCAUCACCAUCAUAGCUUUGACUGCUGGUCUUGAUCCCAAAAGAUAAAUUAGCUGAUGACCAUAUGCAAAUGAACAUAUAAAAACUUCUCCACAGAAGGAUCCACAGGCCAAUUCCAUUCCAAUCAACAGAGCCAAAAGAUAUUUAAAUGAAGUUCUAGAAUAUCUUUAAGAUGUUCUUAUUGACUCAGGAAUAAAUAUUUGCAUGUACACGUAUACAUUUGUUCAAAAAGACUGUGUAAUUAAGCACUAUGACUUAAGGAGCUUAAAUUUCAAGAAUUGUAUCAGUGGCAUCAGUUUUGGGGAGAAUAAUCCUUAUGAUACUUUUCAAAGGGUUAAUCAUAUACAGUGGGUCAUUUAUAAGUUCACUCAUAGGUUCUGUUCCUCUUUCCCUUUGGACUGUGUACUUAUAGCUUUCCUUUCGUUUUUCAGAGCAUCACAAUUACCUUUCUAUAUUGUAUAUUAUUGGGAGAGAUUCCUCCUAGUAAUUUCUAGUCCCUUACCAUGCCUCAGGGAAUUGAUUGGGAGCUCUAAGGCUUUGGAAGGUCUAAGGACCUUAGAGAUUUUCUAGUUAUGCAGUGGCCUCUCCCUGUCUACAGGUUCUGAAUCCAUGGAUUCAACCAAGGACUGAUUGAAAUUAUUUGAAAAAACAAUUCCAGGAAGUUCCAGAAAGCAAAACUAUUUACAAAGCAUUUACGUUGUAUUCACAACUAUUUAUAUAGCAGUUACAUUGUAUUAGGUAUUGUAAGUAAUCUAGAGAUGAUUUAAAGUAUAGAGUUGAAUGUGCAGAUCCAUGUGCAAAUGCUACACUAUUUUGUAUAAGGGACUUGAGCAUCCAUAGAUUAGUGUCUGUGGGGAUCCUGGAACUAAUCCCUUGUGGAUACCGAGGGGUACUCCCUCUUAAUAGAACAGGCUGAGUUCAGGGGAAAGGUAAGUCCCAAAGCCAUACCACUAGUGGGUGAUGAGGCUGGCGAUGGAGAUCUUUAAAUCUCUCCACUCCCAAUAUGGUGACACUUCCACAACAGGAUCUUGCUUCAUGGCACCCAUGUCUAGAUAUGUUAUUAGAAUAUAGAUGUUCUGCCUCUGAUUUUGGCAUAUUUCCUCUUCCAUUAUUAAAGGAAAAGAGAAGCCAUUCAUCUAUAUUAAGUAACCCAGUCACAUCUCACUUAGUAUAGGGUUAGACUUCUAGUAAAUUGAAUCCUCCAGGACAUACCUGUCAAGCUGAUAACGGACACCCAUUCCCCAAAUUUUAAUGCCGUAGACAACAUCUCUAGUCCUUCACUCAGUGACUUUUAAAAACGUCUUUUAAGAAAUAAUUUUAAUAAAAUUGUUUCUUCAAUUUUGCAAGACAAUAACCGAUAGAAACAACAAAUUAAGAAGAUGCAUGAUGUAUACGUCAAUGGAUAUCAAAUAAAGAGGUUACAAAACCAAAACCACUUGGGAAGCACCACAGGCUGUGGGACUAAGGGCAGGGUCAGCAGAUCUCCCCACUUUCAUAUCCCAGAGACCCCAGUGUGGACCACCCAGGCCGUAAGCUGAGCAGAAAAAGUCAAGAACAUAUAAGACAUAAGGAAAAGACUUCCAUCUUAUGGUUAACCUUCUUACUUAAAAACUGGGUAUGUGUAGAAAUCUUGCUCCCCAAUGAUCCUGGAUAAUUGGGAUUUUAUUUGUAGAAAUUGGUCUUAUUUCUGAAUUUCAUGCACUUGCAUGUAAACCUUUGUGUGCGUUUAAGUGACCCUACAAUAUGAUGUAAGUUAAAUGUAAAUUAAAAUAUUGCUACAUGUUGUCUUUUGAUCUAAAAUCUUCAUUUAGCCUCAGAAUAAUUUAUUUUUUUUUAACUUGGAAAUUCUCUGAAACUGUGUCAGAGUUGGAACUGAGAAAUAAGUCAUCUUUUGUAAUAUGGGAAUGCAGAUGCUGAUUUUUUUAAAUACAAGGAUGAUCAAAUAUC